UGCUCUGGGCAUCAUGACAUGAGAGAGGAGAAGGUUUUUUCCGUCACUAGCUUACGUUUGCGAGCUAUGCCUAUUUUUACACGCGGAAAUUCAUUUUGCGGGUUCACCAGCGUAAACCAGAGACCGAAUAAGACACGACUGGUGUUCAGUUUUCUGAUGUGCCAGCAAGCUCGCUAAACUCUUGUAAAAAUUAGACAUGCAGCUUCUGCUCUCACUCCUGUGCUGCAUUCCUGUUAUGGGGGUAUUCUCAACAGUCAGCCAGUUCCCACCCUCUGUGGAAGUGAUGGAGGGGGCUUCCAUCACUUUGGAAUGUCGCUUUGACCUAGUCAUUCAGUACUGCUACACUGUCAACUGGAUGAAAUUACAGUUAAACACCAAUGUGCUGACCACCUACCAAAACAAAAAUAUGGAUGGUUCUAAGCCAUCACAGUUUAAAUGUCUGUUAUCAAUCAACCGUGCCACAGUAAGCGACUCUGGGGUUUACUACUGUUCAGUAGUGCGUGGCAAUAUGGUCUACCUUGGAAAUGGCUCCUCCGUGACAGUGAUUGGAAAUACAACCAAAACUCCAUCCAUUGAAGUUCUCAUGGCAUUUGAAAGCAGUUUGCAGUCCCCAGUCCUCCUGCUGUGCUUGGUCUCUGGGUUGAGUUCCUCCCAGGUCCAUGUGUCCUGGGAUAUUGGAGGGACGGCAGCAAAUGGAAGCUCCAAGUACAGCUGGAGGAACAACCCCUUGGAAAUGCUUUGGACCCAGAACUUGGUCUUGGUUUCUGCUGAGGAGUGGCAUCGUGGGUCUUUGUGUACCUGCGUGGUAGAGUAUGAAGGGCAGCGCUUCUUAAAGUCUGUUCAGAGUCAAGGAAGUGGGGUGCCAUGUCUGACCCUUACCUAUGUAGCAUCUGGCGGAGCUGCACUCGUACUUGUUGUGGCACUUUCUGUCCUCAUCUGCUUAAGCUGUGGGUGUCCAAAGGUUUUUAAAGUGAAGAAAAGAAUGGGUGCAGAGUGCAAAAAUCAGUCUUCAGGGCGGCUGGGAAGAGGAUCACAGACUGCAGCAAUAUAUGAUACAAUGGAAAUCCACUAUGCAACUUUAGAUGUGGUCAGCUUGGGAAGACGCAAGAAGACAUUGAUGGAGUUGUAAUCUUGUCA